GACUGGGACCCAGGACACCCGGCUUCUCUCUCACCCUUGGGAGGGGAGCAGGGUCUAGUGGUUAGGGCAGGUAGCGGGUUCCCUGCAGUCUCCCCUCUAGCCGGUCUCUCUCCACUCCGGGUGGUUAAUGUUGCUCUGGGUCAUCACAGGAACCAACCAGCCCUUCGUUCUUUCCUCUGCUCCCUGGCGCCGCGGCUGCCCUGAGGUCACCAUGAGGCAUUUCAUCUGGCUGCUGUUCCUACCCGGCUUCCUGUGUCAAUGUGACCCACCUGUCGAGGUCCCCGAGUCCCUGAGCGCUUGGACGGGGGCCUGUCUGUCCAUCUGGUGCCGCUAUAAAUCCUGUGUCGUGAACCCCAUAAAGACAAACAAAUUGAUCAUCAGCUCCCUGACCUGGUACCUGAACCCUGUGUAUGACUUUGAGAAGAAACAUUUCAGUGGCACCAUCCUGUAUAAACACAACGUCACCAUCAGCCCGGCCUUGGCAAGGCGUGUGAGGUUCCUGGGGGACCUGGAGAAAGAUUGCAGCCUGCAGCUGUCUGACCUGCGGGCCAGCGAGAACGGCUCGUAUGGGCUGAGACUGAUCGCCUUGAACCCCAGGAAUCAGAAGGAGGAGAAGAAGUGGAUGACUAAGAUCAGUGUGAAUGUGACGGAUUCGCCUCCAGCUCCUCAAAUCAAAGCACCCAGCGAGCUCAGGGAGUCAGUCCCGGCCCAGGUAGUUUGCUCCAUAGCCUAUUACUGCCCUGACUACCCCAUAACUCUGACGUGGGUCUGUUUGGGGCAUGGGACCCCUGAGUCCACCACAAGGAUGGACAUUGGAAGGACCGAGAACACACUGACUUUCACGCCCACCUGGCAGGACCAUGGGACAAAUGUAACCUGCCGGCUCAGCACCCCGGCUGGGACACCGAGCUCCGAGAGCAGCGUGGUGCUGGACGUGAAAUAUGCCCCUAAGGGAGUCCAGGUGAAAGCGACACCCGGAGAGACCAUCCAAGAGGGGGACAGAUUCGUGCUGACGUGCAUAACCAAGGGCAGUAACCCCCCCGUCUUCACAUACAACUGGUAUAAGGACUCACAGUUGCUGCACCAGAGGCAGGAACAGAGGCUGGAGUUUGAAGCCAAGGGGGACGAGCAUUCUGGUUCCUAUGUCUGUGAAGCCGUCAAUGAAAUAAGCUCAAUCCGAUCCCCAACGCUGCAGAUAGACGUCCACUAUGCCCCAAAGGACGUGCGUGUGGAACUGGUGACAGGCUCUCAGAUCCAGGAAGAGACCACGGUUGUGCUCAGCUGCUCUUGCAGGGCUCAUCCGCCCGUCAGCAGCUACACAUGGUACAGAAACGGGCAGCACAUCCCUGCACAAACCCAGCAGGAGCUUCGCUUUGACAAGAUCCAUCCCAACCAGUCCGGUUCCUACCACUGUGAGCCUCAGAACAGAGUCGGGAUGUCAGAGUCGCCAGCCAUUACAGUCGACGUACAGUAUCCCCCCAAGGAGGUACAAAUCACCCUCCAAAACCCCCAGCACAUCUGGGAAGGCGAUGCGGUGACACUGAACUGCUCCGUGGGCAGCAGUAACCCCCCGGUGACCAAGUACACGUGGUACAAGGAUGACAGCCAGUAUCAGGAGACCCAGGAGAGUGUCCUGACCUUCCCUGCCACAGAAGAGCGGUCCGGUAGCUACAGCUGUGAGGCCCAGAAUGCGAUCGGCUAUAGACAGUCUCUGCCUGUCUCAGUGGAUGUGCAGUAGGUCGGUGGGACGCCGGCCAGGAAACUCAGCAGCCAGGAGGGAUUUCAGGCCGGCGACCCCUGGCUUCAGGAGGCAUCCCGUCAGCGGAGCCGAGACAGGGCGUGAUGCUCUUGGCCCAGUUUUCCUCCUUUGACGACACCUCUGCCCUCAACGGCGCGGGUGCUGGGCCAGUCGGCUGAGGGGCAGGAAUGUCGCUGCAUUUAAUGGUCAGUAGAACACCCAGGGUGAGCGUAGGUGAAAGCAGAAAUCUCCAACUCUCCGGAGUCCCCAUCCCAGGCCGUAUUAUGGAAGGUGACAGAAAUCGCUAUAUUGUAGGGCUUAUUCUGCAUUGGAAAGGUAAAUCACUAACCUCUAGCUGGGCUGGCUACGGUGCAGGGGUGAUUGCUGGCGAGUUACGUAGCCAGAGGCCAUUCUGGGAGUGUGAGGGGUGGGUAGUUGUCUUCUGGGGAUGCCUAGGGGAAGCAGCUCCUAAUAUAGUCACCACCUGUCGGAUUUCGAGGGUUGCUAUCGAAAAUCCGGCCGGAGUCUCUGGCGAGGACAGAAAUUCGUGGCUUGUACAGAUAAGUAGUUUAGAGCCGGCAAGAGUAAUUCUGUAGCACAGAACUGGGGAGUGGAUUGAUUUCCCUCCCCUCCUCUCUCCACCUAGGUUACACCCAGGUAACCUUAACUCUGCCCCUGGGUAUGUGACCAGACAAUAUUGGGAUCGCCCCAGUAUUAGGGGCUUUGUCUUAAUGAACAACUAUCCCCUCCCCACACCACCCACAAACAAAAAAGGGUCCCAAUUUUUCACACUUGCUCUCUGGUCACCUUGCCCCCAAGUGGGUUGGUUGGAGCAGCUUGGCAGAGAUGUGACUGGGGCGUGGGGUGAUCUUAGGGGGGCCCUGCACUCCUUGGGGAGUGUCUGUGAGCUGCUCUGUGUGCCCCCUGCCUGGUUGUGGGGGAAAGGGGCACACAUGUAUGUUGCGAGGGCUGGCGUGUCUCAUGGAAGCGCUGCGUGGGCUAGUUUGUGUCCGCAGUGGGGCAGGGGGUUUUCUUGCCAUGGGGUGAGCCCAAGGCAAACGGGCAGUAACGGUUCAUAAGCACCGGGUUCUGUCCAUGGUGCAGGUGAAGGGUCUGAGGGGUGGGGGCUCCUGCUCAGCGCCAGGGCGUGUCUGUGACGUGGCAGGCGAAGGAUCACAGUGAAUUUCAAAGCCAGUCGAGUGAGGCGCGUUUGGGGGAGUCAGUUUGUAAACAGAAACCUGCUCCCAGCCGGCACAAGGGCUCAGCUCACGUGGUGCGAGGAGAGACUGGCAGAGCCCAGUGGGCGGCAAUCGGCCGGAUCCCUGUUGGAGUCAAUGGGGCCAGACCCUCAGCUGGUGUCUGGGGUUACAGCAGGGGGGCUGGGAACCAGGACUCCUGGGUUCUCUCCCUGGCUCUGGGAGGGGUGGGGGGUCUACUGGUUAGAGCGGGGGGGGUGGCAUAGCAACAGCCUCUGCUGGCAAAUAUGACUCAGCCCCUGCGCUCUCCACCCCCCACAUCCUGUGUGUCUUUGCCAUGGUCUCCCUGGGCCGUGCUCCAGCCCCGGAUGUGGGUGAUUGUGGCGGGUGCUGGGCUCCAGGGGGAACGUCACAAACAUGUAGCAAUUGCCUGGCCGCUGCUGGAGAGGAGAGUGGCUGAGCGCCGGCUGUGCUGCCCGUAGGCCUGCCCGGGGCGAGUUCAUCAUGUGGGGCCCUGCCCUGCCCUUCCUCUGCCUCCUCAUUGGUGAG